AUCCGAAUUUUCCCUGUUACUAGUCUCCUGGUUGAAAUAGAGGAUUAAAACUUGAAAAAUUAGGGAAGUCUGUCAGUAUUAGAAUGAGCGAGAUAGUUCAGUAUGUUGUGGUACGGGGAGACCUCUUGAAGACAAUGAAAUGGCCUGUAGGUGCAAUUGUAGCUCAAGCGUGUCAUGCCUGCACUGCUGUUAUGCACCUGUUUUAUAAUGACACUUACACGCAAAUAUACCUUGCGAAUUUAGAUAAUAUGCAUAAAAUUGUACUGGAAGCUCCAGAUGAGACCAGCUUAAAUACUUUAUCUAUACAAUUAAAAAAGGAGGAUAUCCAUCAUAAAUUGUGGAUUGAACAACCUGAAAAUAUUCCAACAUGUUUAUCAACAAAACCUUAUCCUAAGGAAAAAGUACAAUCAUAUUUCAAGAAAUAUAAAUUGCUUAAACUAUGACUAUAUUGAAGCUCUGGUAUAAAAUUACGUGCUUCUUUUGUAUUGCAUACUGCCUGUA